AUGAGGACCAUGUUCUCCUGCUUCGUAACGGCCCUGCUGCUAUUACAGACAUGCGCAGCGGGGUCCAGUCAACAACCUCUCGGAGAGGAAUCCACCGCCAAUGCCGCAGCAGACAGUGUGGACUACCAAGAGUUCCUAUUCGCGACAGGACAACCAAAGUCGCAGCCCGUAAGCCAACGAGUCCAAAAUGUCUGGAACACUCUUCGAGCCGUCGAACCCGCCGCAUCCCACACCAAUAAACCUUCAGGACUUCUCGGCUACACCUUGCACUACGGCCGUGAAGCAUUUCGGCUACUCUUCCUGAAUGGACCCGCCACCGACAAGACCGGUCGCAAGACCAAUCCAACCGUUAUCCGAGCCGUGGAAGAAUUAAAAGCAGCAGCAGAUGAAGACCAAGACACAGACGCGAUGUUUCUCCUCGCGGAGAUGAACUUCUACGGCAACUUCUCUUACCCGCGUAACUUCAGCGAGGCUUUCCUGUGGUACAAUGAUCUGGCAUGGUUGACAGGUAACAGCACAGCACAGUCUAUGGUUGGGUUCAUGUACGCGACGGGCAUUGGGGAAGCGGUCGAACGUGACCAGGCCAAGGCGUUGAUGUACCACGAAUUCGCGGCCGAAGGAGGAAACAUUCGAUCGGAGAUGACCCUGGCGUACCGCUACCACACGGGCAUUGGGUCACCUAAGAGCUGUGAAAAUGCGCUCUUCUACUACAAGAAGGUAGCCGAUAAGGCGAUUGACUUCUACCGAACUGGUCCGCCGGGUGGACAUGCGAUGAUUCGGGACUCUUAUCGCUGGGCCGAUGAGGAAGGUGGUAUCUAUGGUGAAGGGGCUAGUGUAUCAAGCUCGGGGAUGAAUGCACGGGACAAGUCGCAUGCCGCCGAGGCCAGUGUCGAAGAUGUACUGGAGUUCCUGGACCUCAUGUCCCGGAAAGGCGAAAUGAGUCACACUUACACUCUGGCUAAGAUGCAUUACGAGGGAGCUCGUGGUCUUCCUCGGAACUUUUCGAAGGCUAUGAAGUAUUUUAAGGUUGUGGCUAAGAAAUAUUGGAGCGAGGACGGGUCAGUCAAACAGAACCCGCCCGUGGGACUCGAUAAGCUGGCUGCCAAAGCGGCAGGACACAUUGGCCUGAUGUGGCUUCGAGGGGAGGGUGUGAAGCAAUCUCCUGAAAAGGCUAUGCUUUGGUUCAGGCGAGGCUUGGUCAAUGGCGAUGCACUCUGCCAGCACGAGAUAGGGCUGAUGUACCUCUAUGGCUACGGAGUGCCUCAGGAUGCCUUUAAAGCAUCCUCCUACUUCAAGGCAGCAGCAGACCAGGACAUUCCGGCAGCGGAAACGAGACUCGGCGCUCUCUUCUUGGAUCAGGGAGAUGUUGCCGCUGCAACUCGCUAUUUCGAACUCGCUGCUCGCUGGGGCUGGAUGGAGGCGUACUAUUAUCUCGCAGAGAUGACAAAUUACGGGGUUGGUCGUGAACGACAUUGUGGUGUUGCUACAGCCUAUUACAAGCUGGUUGCCGAGAAGGCUGAGAUACUUCACUCGGCCUUUGCAGAGGCAAAUGCGGCCUACGAGGCUGGAGACAGGGAGAGCGCCCUCAUCCCAGCUAUGAUGGCCGCAGAGCAGGGCUACGAAACUGCGCAGGCUAAUGUGGCCUUCCUUCUUGACGAACAGCGUUCUCUGUUCUCGUUCGACUCCAUUCUGCCAUGGGUCAAGAAGACUCGGUCCGCCCUACUUCGUAACCCGAGGCUGGCACUGAUUUACUGGACAAGGUCUGCCAAACAAACCAAUAUCGACUCGUUGAUCAAGAUGGGUGAUUAUUAUUUGGCUGGCAUGGGGACGGUCUCAGAUGCUGAUAAGGCCUCGACUUGCUACCACAAUGCCGCCGAGGCACACCGUAGUGCACAGGCUUACUGGAACCUAGGCUGGAUGCAUGAGAACGGUAUUGCCGUCCAGCAGGAUUUCCAUAUGGCGAAGCGAUACUAUGACCUGGCUCUGGAUACCAACAAGGAGGCUUAUCUCCCUGUGAAGCUUAGCUUAUUGAAGCUGCGGGUCCGAGGAUACUGGAAUCGGAUCACCAACGGAAACAUCAAUCCCAUUCGUGAUGAUGAAGAUGCGAGACCUAAUCUCACUCUCCGCGAAUGGAUUGCCGCCUUUAUCAGGAAUGACGAAGCUGAAUAUUGGGAGGACCUCUACGAAUCUCAAGAAAAUGGAGACGACUUCAUGGGACGAGGCCUCGACUCCGAUCACCACGAAGACGGCUACUAUGAUGACUUAGAGUUUGACAUCGACGAGGGAAUGCUCGAAGGUCUCCUCAUCGUCGGGUUGGCAGCGACUCUUCUCGUACUGGUUUACAUCCGUCAACAACAGCAGCGAAACCGGCAAAAUGCAAAUGCUGCGAAUGCUGGAAAUGCGGAUGGAGGGAAUGCAAAUGCGAAUAAUGGUAACGAUCGCGGCUUUUUCCCGCAGCCUGGGGACCCUGAAUUUGGGCAGUGGGUAGCAGGCGGCGUUGGCCACUGA